AUGCUUAUUAUGAUUUUAAUUAACCCCCCCUCCUUUUCACGCGUCCCUUUAGCUCCUCUAUUAACCGAUUCCCUUAAUUUCCAGUCAUUUCAAUUUCGAUUCCCCAAGCUGCUCAUCUCUCUCUCUCUUUCUCUCUCUCUCUUUCUCUCUCUCUCUCUUUCUCUCUCUCUCUCUUUCUUUCUCCCCGCAGACAUUUUUAUCUUAACACGUAUCUCACUCUCACCCUCUCUCUCUCAGUCUUUUGUAAGUGAUUUUCUGUCUUCUCUUCUUUUUCUCUCUUUCUCUUUCUGCAGUUUAUGCCUGUCUCUCCCUUUCUCUGUCUCAUACUCCAAAACUACCUUUCUAUCGCUGCCUGUUUUGCUUGUAUGUAUGUCUCUUUAUUUUCUGUCUAUCGGUAUCUCUCUGUUUGCCUCUCUUCAUUCUCUCUGUGUAACUUUCCACCUACUUCGCUGCUAUGUGUGUCUAUCUGUUUAUUUGCUCAUCUCUCUCUCUCUCUUUCACUCGCUCUGCAUCUGUCAGUCUCUCUCUCUGUCUUGCUCUGUGUCUUCUUCUUUCUCUCUUUCUCCGUGUGUCUUUUUAUCUGUAUUUCUCUGUUUUUUCUAUCUGUCUUUCCCUCUUUGUGUCUUUCUCUCUCUCUCUCUCUCACUCUCUCUCUCACUCUCCUCUCUCUCUCUUUCUAUCUGUGUCUUUCAGUCUCUCUUUCUUUCUCUGUCAUUGUAUCUGUAUAAAUCUCUCUCUCUGUCUUUUUUAUUUUUCUCUAUAUUUCUCUGUGUCUUUCUCACUCUCUCUCUCUCUCUCUCUCUCUCUCUCUCUCUCUCUCUCUCUCAGGACGUUUCUCUCUCGGUGUAUUUCUAUCGAUCUUUCUUUACCCGUAUUUUCUCUCUCUCUCUCUCUCUGCUUUUCUAUCCGACUUCCUCUGCUUCUCUCUCUCUCUCCCUCCCUCCCUCCCUCCUUCCCUCUCGGCACUUUUUUCUCUUACUGUCUUUUUAUCAAUCUUUCUCUUCCAGUCUCUCUCGCUUUCUCUCUCCCCCUCUGUCUAUCUAUCUGACCUCCUUUGUUUUUUUCUGUCUGUGUCUCUUUCUCUCUGUCUGUCUGUCAAUCUGUAUCUGA